GUUACUCCCAUCAGUUUGUGCCUUCAAACUGAUGGCUGACUUCUCUGAAUUUGUGUAGUGCAGCAGGAAUGGUGAUGCUGUGCCCUGGGGGCUGCAAGGCACCCUUUUUCAGGGGGCCCUGCAAUUUCAUUGUCUAAUUGGGACUCUUUAGUGCAUCAGUCAUAUCAACAUUUGCAGGGUGUUCUCUUUUCCUUUUUCUUUUCUCUCUCUCUCUCUCUCUCCUCUUUUCCUACCCAUUUCUCCCCACUUCUGGCUGUUUGGAGUGGGAAAAACUUGAGCACUGGUUCUAACAGAGCUCAUCCCAUGUGGAAGGUAUGGAAGAACUGCAGUGACCAACAGCAUCCACCGGUCUGAAACUACCUAAAUUUGAGAGCUGCAGGGCUUCCUAAAGAAUGAGAAGGACAAUGCCCUGCUGUCUGCUAUCGAAGAGUCCCGGAAGAGGACCUUUGGCAUGGCUGAGGAGUACCAUCGAGAGUCAAUGCUGGUGGAGUGGGAGCAAGUGAAACAGCGAAUUCUCCAUACACUGCUGGCAUCAGGAGAAGAUGCCCUUGACUUUACUCAAGAAAAUGAGCCAAGUUAUAUCAGUGAUGUGGGACCCCCUGGUCGAAGCUCUCUGGAUAGCAUCGAGAUGGCCUAUGCCCGACAGAUUUAUAUCUAUAAUGAGAAGAUUGUGAAUGGGCACCUGCAGCCUAACCUCGUGGACCUCUGUGCUUCUGUCGCAGAGCUGGAUGAUAAGAACAUCUCUGACAUGUGGACCAUGGUAAAACAAAUGACAGACGUGCUGUUGGCACCAGCGACAGAUGCCCUGAAGAGCCGCAGCAGUGUGGAAGUACGCAUGGAGCUGGUCAGGCAGGCCCUGGGGUACCUGGAGCAGAGUUAUAAGAAGUACACCCUUGUGACUGUCUUUGGAAAUUUGCAUCAGGCCCAGCUGGGUGGCGUGCCUGGGACUUACCAGUUGGUUAGAAGUUUCCUGAACAUUAAACUUCCAGCUCCCUUGCCUGGACUUCAGGAUGGAGAAGUGGAAGGCCAUCCUGUGUGGGCAUUAAUUUAUUACUGCAUGCGCUGUGGAGACCUUCUUGCCGCUUCACAGGUGGUUAACCUCGCCCAGCACCAGCUGGGAGAGUUUAAAACCUGGUUCCAGGAAUACAUGAACAGCAAGGACAGAAGAUUGUCCCCAGCUACAGAGAACAAGCUCCGACUGCAUUACCGCAGGGCCCUCAGGAACAACACAGACCCCUACAAGCGGGCCGUGUACUGUAUCAUCGGCAGGUGCGAUGUCACCGACAACCAGAGCGAAGUGGCUGACAAAACUGAGGACUACCUGUGGCUAAAGUUGAACCAAGUGUGUUUCGAUGACGAUGGCACCAGCUCCCCACAAGACAGACUUACUCUCUCACAGUUCCAGAAACAGCUGUUAGAAGACUAUGGCGAGUCCCACUUCACAGUGAACCAGCAGCCCUUCCUCUACUUCCAAGUGCUGUUCCUGACGGCACAGUUCGAGGCGGCCAUUGCCUUUCUCUUCCGCAUGGAGCGGCUGCGCUGCCACGCCAUCCACGUGGCCCUGGUGCUCUUCGAGUUGAAGCUGCUUUUAAAGUCCUCGGGACAGAGUGCUCAACUUCUCAGCCAUGAGCCUGGCGACCCCCCCUGCAUGCGGCGGCUAAACUUUGUGCGGCUCCUCAUGCUCUACACCCGGAAGUUCGAGUCCACAGACCCGAGGGAGGCCCUCCAGUACUUUUACUUCCUCAGGGACGAGAAAGAUAGCCAAGGAGAAAACAUGUUUUUACGCUGUGUGAGUGAGCUUGUGAUAGAAAGUCGAGAGUUUGACAUGAUUCUUGGGAAACUAGAGAAUGAUGGAAGUAGAAAGCCUGGAGUCAUAGAUAAGUUUACUAGUGACACAAAGCCUAUUAUCAACAAAGUUGCGAACGUGGCCGAAAAUAAAGGACUGUUCGAGGAAGCAGCAAAGCUUUACGACCUCGCCAAGAAUGCUGACAAGGUGCUGGAACUGAUGAACAAACUGCUCAGCCCAGUCGUCCCCCAGAUCAGCGCCCCACAGUCCAACAAGGAGAGGCUGAAGAACAUGGCCCUGUCCAUCGCGGAACGGUACAGGGCUCAGGGAAUCAGUGCAAAUAAAUUUGUGGAUUCCACGUUCUAUCUUCUGUUGGACUUGAUUACCUUUUUUGAUGAAUAUCACAGUGGUCAUAUUGACAGAGCCUUUGAUAUAAUUGAUCGCUUGAAGCUGGUGCCCCUGAAUCAGGAAAGUGUGGAAGAGAGAGUGGCCGCCUUCAGAAAUUUCAGUGAUGAAAUCAGGCACAACCUCUCAGAAGUGCUUCUCGCCACCAUGAACAUCUUAUUCACACAGUUUAAGAGGUUAAAGGGAACGAGUCCUUCCUCAGCAUCCAGGCCCCAGCGAGUCAUCGAGGAUCGUGACUCUCAACUCCGAAGUCAAGCCCGAGCCCUGAUUACCUUUGCCGGGAUGAUACCCUACCGGACGUCUGGGGACACCAAUGCAAGGCUGGUGCAGAUGGAGGUCCUCAUGAACUAGUGCGAUGCCCUGAGGGGCUCCCGGGACUGCACGCUGUCAGUACCUCGGGCGCGUGGGCCUGCCGGGUGGGGUUCCUGGUUUUGUUUCUGUUGCGUUGUGUUUUGUUUUUUUGUAUUAUGUAUUUUUGUCAACACCAAUAAAUUUCUUUGAUUUGUAUUUCUUUUCACAUUCUUUUAUUUUCUUUUUUCUUUUUUCUUUUAAAUUUUGUUUAAAUUUUUAUUUGUGCGGGAGGAAAUGUCUUCAGUAGUGCUUGGGCCAGAGAAUGACAGACUUACAUAGGCAUCUGUGAUUUGGUUAAAGUUGACCUUAAAUGAUUAAAAGUUUACCCAACAUGAGCAAGGAAA